AUGUGGGAGGCGAAUCUGAAUCCCGACGCCAUCUUCAGCUACAAUGCUGGGAUCAGUGCGUGCGAGAAGGGCGAGCAGUGGCAGCGGGCCCUGGCGUUGCUGAGCGAGAUGCGGGAGGCGAAUCUGGAGCCCGACGUCAUCAGCUACAAUGCUGGGCUCAGUGCGUGCGAGCAGGGCGAGCAGUGGCAGCGGGCCCUGGCGAUGCUGAGCGAGAUGCGGGAGGCGAAUCUUGAGCCCGACGUCAUCAGCUACAAUGCUGGGAUCAACGCGUGCGCGAAGGGCGAGCAGUGGCAGCGGGCCCUGGCGCUGCUGAGCGAGAUGCGGGAGGUGAAUCUGGAGCCCGACGUCAUCUUCAGCUGCAGCGCUGGGAUCAUCGCUUGCGAGAAGGGCGAGCAGUGGCAGCGGGCGCUGGCGCUGUCCAGCCAGAUGCUGGAGGCAAAGCUGGAGCCCGAUUUCAUCAGCACCAAUGCUGUGCUCAGCGCUUGCGGGAAGGGCGAGCAAUGGCAGAGGGCACUGGCGCUGCUCAGAGAAAUGCGGGAUGCGAAGUUGGAGCCCGACUCAGCUACAUCGUUGCGAUCGGCGCGUGUGAGAGAUGCGGCCAAUGGCGGCCUGCGCUGUCGCUGCUCAGUGAGAUGCGGGAGUGCGGUUUGGAGACGAACGGAAUGA